AUGGCUCCCAAGAUCGCCAUCGUCUACUACUCCAUGUACGGCCACAUCAAGCAGCUGGCCGAGGCUGAGAAGGCCGGAAUUGAGAAGGCUGGCGGCUCUGCCGACCUCUUCCAGGUCCCCGAGACCCUCCCCGAGGACGUCCUCGCCAAGAUGCACGCUCCUCCCAAGCCCACCGAUGUCCCUACCCUCGACGACCCCUCCGUCCUUGAGGGCUACGAUGCCUUCCUCCUUGGUAUCCCCACCCGUUACGGAAACUUCCCCGCCCAGUGGAAGGCUUUUUGGGACAAGACUGGCAAGCAGUGGGCUUCUGGUGGUUUCUGGGGCAAGAUGGCCGGUAUCUUCGUAUCUACCGCCUCCCAGGGUGGUGGUCAGGAGACCACUGCUCAGAACGCUAUCUCCACCCUCACUCACCACGGCAUCAUCUAUGUUCCCUUCGGUUACGCCAAGGCUUUCGGUGUCCUGACUGAUCUCUCUGAGGUUCGCGGUGGCAGUGCCUGGGGCGCCGGUACCUUCGCUGGUGGUGACGGUUCUCGCCAGCCCUCUGCCAAGGAGCUCGAGCUUGCUCAGAUCCAGGGAGAGAACUUCUACCAGACCGUUGCCAAGUUCACCGGUUGA